AGUUAACUCUAUUUUGUUUUUUGUUUUUGUCAUUCUCUAGGGAGGAGGAGGAGGAGGGAGUAUUAUAUUGGGUUGUCUCAAGAUUGUCUCCUAUGUUAAUCGAAACUAGGGUGGACUUAGGGGGGCGACGGGGGAGGAGAGAGUUUGGUUUAAAUAUUUUAGAAGAUUUAAAAGUAAAAAGUUAACUAUGGUUAACCAUAGUUAACGUUAUACUAUAGAUAUGUGUCAAGACAUGAGACGAGUACACAUUGGGUUAAAGUGAUGAGUAAAAAUGCUCCCCUAUAUAAUCAAGGAUAGACAUUAGGAUGGAACCUGAUAAUAACCUAGGAGAUCCGGAUCAUAUGUUCAUGCACUAGCCCACAAACAGCCCAUAGUAUUUCCCAAACAACCAUUCUGAAGAACUCUCCACUCCGUCUCAUCUAUAAAACUAUCCCUAAACCCUGCUUCCAAUUAAUUUCUAUUUGAUUAGGUUUUGGGUUUCUCUUCGAGAGGGAGAGAGAUACCGAGAUAAUGGGGAGGGUGUUUGAGUCAUCUGAAGGCCAAGAUGAUGCUAGAGCUAAAGAGCCAUGCGAACUUCAAAAUAGCGAAUCGAUGAUGUACCAGAGACCACAACGUAAGAAGAUGAUCAUCAUAAGAAGGAACAUGGCCCAACAGGAGGCUGCUGUGGCUAUGGCUCGAGCAGUUGCAGAGGCCGAAGCUGCCACAGCAGAAGCUGAAGAGGCAUCUAGGAAAGCUGAUGAAGCUGAAGAGGAAGCUAGGGAAGCUGAAGAGGCAGCUUGGAAAGCAAGGUACUGGAAGUAGCUAUUGAAGCAUAACAAGCUAGCUAUUGACAAACAAAAAAAGGAUCGUGUAAAUUAAUUCUUAAAAACAGAUUUCAGUUUUGUGUAAAACUUUCAUGUGAUUAGAACCUUGGAAGGAAAUUAUGUAGGGAUGACAUUCAUAUAUGGCCUGGCCUGUGAUAAUAAUAUGUGCCGCGUAUAUGCCACAAUUUUGUUUUGA